CCGGGCUUUCUGCGCCCCCACGACGGCACCUGCGGCGGGCGGCGAUCCGAACUCUUCCAUAUUCCGUUCCCGGGAGGCCCCCGGGCACUGAGGGGGCUGCCGGUGGGGAUUUUAGUGGAGACCGUGAUCUGUCGCGAUGAGUUUUCUGCUGCCCAAACUGACCUGUAAGAAGGAAGUGGAUCAGGCAAUAAAAAGCGUGGCUGAGAAGGUUUUGGUUCUCCGUUUUGGAAGAGAUAAUGAUGCUGUUUGUCUGCAGCUCGAUGAUAUUCUUGCAAAAACAGCUCAUGACCUAAGUAAAAUGGCAGUCAUUUACCUGGUGGAUGUGAACAACGUCCCCGUGUACACCCAGUAUUUUGACAUCAGUUAUAUUCCCUCUACUGUAUUUUUCUUCAAUGGACAACACAUGAAGGUUGAUUAUGGGUCUCCAGAUCACACCAAAUUUGUAGGAAGCUUCAAAACAAAGCAAGACUUUAUAGAUCUGAUUGAAGUGAUCUACCGCGGAGCAAUGCGGGGAAAGCUCAUUGUGAGAAGUCCCAUUGAUCCCAAUAACAUUCCUAAAUACGACCUUCUCUACCAAGGAAUUUAAUGGGUUCACCGGAGAUGAUAAGAAUUACACAAAUGGACGAUGUUCCAGAUCCCUUUUCCUUUGAGCACUUUUCCUCCUCUGACACUGUGGGGCAGUUUGAGCAUUUAUCCUGAAGGAUCAUAUUGGUCUCCUUCUGAAGACAGACAUUCUGUCACCUCAUGCUUUGCUCAUAAAUAAAGCUACAUGUUCAUGCA